GUCUGUCCAUAGACGAUAUGUGGGAGAUGUAUGGCGAAUUUCUCAUCACAUUUGCCUGCGAGACGGGCUGGGAGAAGAUGCUCGCAUGUAUGGCCAAUAAUCUUCAGGAGUUUUUGGACAAUCUCAACUCGAUGCAUUAUUUCAUCGACCAGAUCGCAUUCAAGUCUGAAAUGCGGGGACCAACUUUCCAGUGUGAAUCUAUGGGUGAAGGAGCGCUUCGGCUACACUAUUUUUCCCACAGACAGGGGCUCUUCCCGAUUGUGAAGGGUCUUGUUCAUCGCACGGCCAGACUGCUAUAUGAAAUGGAAGUCAGGGUAAGUGUGGUGGAAAGGUCUCAAGAGCGUCGGAAAAGUGGAAUGGUCGAGCAUGUCGUUUUCUCAUUGGAACCCGAUGACGAACAUCGCGCUGGAAAACGUUUGGCCUACAAGUUCAAACGUCAGAUGAAUCCAAUCAGCGAGGUUGAAGCGAAUGCAUCACUG